UGGUUAAUCAUCAAGAGCUCUGUUUUUCAUGCAGGCGUGGGCAUAAAUGCAGGACCUUUGCCAUUUAACAACCUUCUCCUACAUUUUUCAUUUCAACUUGAAAAAAUCCAUAAAUUAAUUAAAUUGUUUUCUUGAAAAUUUUUAUACUAAAGCAAGUAAAACACCUUUUCACCUCAAAACACACUGAUCUCAAAAUAUUUUCAAGAUAUAAAUUAGUGGGAUUUGUUGUUUGAGCUUAAAGGUUUGUGCUUUUUGAUGAUUCUUGAAGUGGGUAUUGAAGAUUAGUACCAAAAACACAUUUAUACCUCAAAUUGCACACUGAUUUCAAGAUAUUUCAAGACAAUAAUCUGUGGGUUUUGUUGUUUGAGUAUAAAGAUUCGUGCUUUUUAAUGUUUGUUGAAGUGGGUAUUGAAGAUUAGUACGAAAAGUGGGUCAGAUUCUCUGAAAUGGGGCUUAUUUUGGGAAGUCAAGAUUUUUAAAUUUGAGUUGAGAUAAUGGCUGGAGAUGAUGAAAUUGAGGGUGGAAAUAGAGAUGGAGAACAAGUACAACAUUAUAGUAAAUCUGCAAAUUUAGUAUCAGAUUGGGAGCCAUUUAAUGCUAGUAGUAAUGAACUUACAAAUACAUUAUCAAUGAGUAUGGUAAAUGCUCCUGCUAUUUGGGAUCAACAUCACACAAAUUCACAAAAUUUAGGUGCUUUUUGUGAUAUGCAAAACAAUGCAACUACAUCAUCUUCAUUAGGUUUUCGAAAGGGAAAUCUUCUUGAUAUGUGUUGGGCCCCGCCAAAUUCAGCCAUUAAAAGGGGUGGUGUUGGUGGUAUGUUUUUGCCACCACCUGCUGCAGCUUUGCUUCCUCAUAGUUUAUCUCAGUUUCCAGCUGAUUCGGGUUUUAUCGAACGGGCAGCCAGGCUAUCGUCUUUUAGUGCUGGAAAUUUCGAAGAUAUGAUAAACCCUUUUGGGAAUGUGCCUGAAUCGACACUAAGUCCUUAUUCGAGUAGAGUGGUUCAAGGGCAACCACAAGAGGGUUUUGUUGGGAAUGGUUUCAAAUCGCCAUCUGGUGAAGGGUGUAAAGAUGAUUCUCUGUCUGUUGACUGUGGGGUUAAUGAUGGAAGUCAGGUUAAACAAGGGGGUUCGGGUUUUUCGGGCAAUAAUGUGGCUGGUGAGGCCGAAUGUAGUACUGGCCAGGAUGAUAAUUCCAAUGAGGGAAGUGGGUCAAAGAAAAGGAGGAGAAGUGAUCAGGAUAACGAGUAUAUUCAAGUUAAACGGUCGCCACAGACGCCUAAUGAAGCUACAGAGAACAAUGAAGUUCAACAAAAAGGUGAUACUAACCUGAAUUCUGUUGCCAAUAAGUCUAGUGGGAAAAAUGGUAAGCAGGUAUCUCGAUCAUCUGAUGGACAGAAGGAAGAUUACAUCCAUGUGAGGGCUCGAAGGGGCCAGGCUACAAAUAGUCAUAGUCUUGCAGAGAGAGUAAGGAGGGAGAAGAUUAGUGAAAGAAUGAAGUUUCUUCAAGACCUAGUCCCUGGAUGUAGCAAGGUCACAGGCAAAGCAGUUAUGUUGGAUGAGAUCAUCAACUAUGUACAGUCACUACAACGACAAGUUGAGUUCUUGUCGAUGAAACUUGCUACUGUUAAUCCUAGAAUGGAUUUCAACCUUGAAGGACUCCUGGCAAAAGAUAUGAUUGAAUCACGAGCUGGACCUCAUGGUACACUUGGUUUUGGUCCUGAUAUGACUAUGCCAUCUUAUACUCAUAAUUCGUCACAAAUGGCUCUCUUGCAAGGCGGGAUUUCGGGUCUAGGAAGUUCCUCGGAUGCAGUAAGAAGAACGAUUAAUUCCCAUCUGAUGGCUAUCGGUGGUGGAUACAAAGAUCAUACACCCAAUGUACCUAGUUCAUGGGAUGACGAGCUUAACAACAUCGUCCAAAUGGGAUUAAAUCCAAGUACCCCCAUUAGCAGCCAAAGUUUAGGAUCUACACCUCCAGGCCAUCUAAAAGCUGAACCGUAGAAGAUAAAUUAAGUUUGAUGAUACGGGUUCAUGAAGAUAAUUAGAAGAACCCUGGGUCGAAUCUUUUGGGUCCAGAAAGUUGGUCAUGUAAUUAAUCUAUGGGCAUUCCUUUUUGGCGAAUCACUAAUUAUAUCCAGCAAGACAAGGUGAUACUUAAAUUUGCUCAUUAAGAACAUAUGAGUUUUGUUGAUUAAAAUUGUAAAAAUCGGCUUCUGGGUAAACUCUGUUGUGAAUCUUUUGACCAGCAGAAUCUUUUAUUUUGUUAGAAAUCUUUGCUUGGUCGAUUCUUUCAGCAUGAGGCCAUAUAAGAUCUAUGUUCAGUCAUCAGUGUGUUGAUGUUUGUAUUUUCUGAUUGUAUUAGAAACAGAUGUUUGUUUUUGUUAUACUUAAAGAUGGUUUUAGUAAA